AUGCCAGGGGACGAUCUUACUUCGGUAGUUCCUGCUCAGCUCUCCUACCUUACCAUCUACAACCCCCUUCUCGGACCGACCGACGAAACCAUCCAGGACCAGGUCGUCUUCUAUACCUCCAGAGCGGCUCGAUUGCGACGGCGCGAGGACUCCGCGGCCGGGAUCGAUGACAAUGAUUCAAACGGCGAACACAAUGAAAAGUUGCGCCAGAUAGGACUGGCGCAGGGGAUGGUGAGCUUCGCCAGGAACUUUUCGCAGGGGAAACCGGUGGAAUAUAUAGAAACGGAGAAGACAACCAUAGUACUUCAUGAAUUGGAAAAGGACUGGUGGAUCUUAGCCUGUAUCGACCUGACUCGUCUACCUACCGACGCUUCCAACGGAUCCUCUUCGCAGCGCGAUGCCUCGGAUUCCACGUCCGUUCAGUAUUCAUCGCGGGAGAUGUGCCCCCCACACCUGCUGAUCCAGCAACUACGCCGGGCUCAUUCCAUCUUCCUACUUCACCAUGAUAUUACACUGGACGCACUGUAUCAACACGUGGGCAGAUCUGCGCUCUGCUCCCUCCUUGAUGGCUUCUGGCGAAAAUUCUCGAAGAACUGGGAAGUUCUUCUUAGCGGAAACCCCGCCGUGGACAUGUACAACGGGAUCAAGCUCUCUGCCGGCGGCGAGCUUGGCAUCGGCGUUGGCGAAGAAGAGUGGGGGAGCGGAGAACGAGAGGUAUUUGAAGAUUUUGUGGUCCGAACAGACGGUCUUGUGGACCUGGUGAUAUCGAGAUUUGGCGAUCCAUCGGUGCCAGACGAUGGCCAGGCGACCACAAACAAGGCGGGGUCUACCAACGAAGACGAGAGCAACACACGAUGGCUUGGCUUAGACACCCACCCAAGGCCAUCGGAUGGCAUCAUAUUCUCGGGGAUGGGGGCACUUUCUAGGCGAUCUGUCGCGCGGGUCUCUCAGUGGAUGGAAUGGAUCUACCGAUAUGGCCCUGACACCUACGGGGUGGGCGAUGACCCAAGCUCGCCGCGACGUCGAAAGCGACGCAGAAAACCACGGUGUCGAUCAUCAAAGAAUAACAAUGAACACGGAAUCCCCUUUGAUAAUGCAAGCGUCGAUGCUAGCUUCUCUCCCGGUAUACCUCGUCCACUAGUUACGGGCCAAAGUCCCGCUCCGCAACGAGACUCCGAGGCAGAUUCUCAGGCCAGUGGCGAAAGCUCUUCGUCACAAAACGAGGGUGGGAAGGAUUGGAUCGGCUUCAAACCGGAGACGUUUGUGAAAUACCUGACACUUGGCUACGGCUCAGCGUGGGGCCCCUCUUCUGGCACACCUAGCCCGCAUCCUCGCGUCGAAGCCCUGAAGCAAGAAGAUGGGUCGACCGGCGCAAACAAAAAAACGGCCUCCCCUGCAAGUGCACAGCAGAUACCGGACGGGGAUUCAUUCAGGACCAAAGAUAAUGUGAAACCUAAGAGCCUAGGGAAGUUCCUCAUUGGUUUGCACGAGAACCCAGCCACUGCAGUCACCCAAUCUUCGGAUGACCCCAAUCAGACGAACAAAUCACCAGUGAAUUCGGAAGAGACGAUCGUUCAACGAACAUUAAUUUUGCAGAUGGCAGAUCCUCGUGAAGACGCCACCGCAGAUGGACAGCGCCCAGGCCCUACGAAACUGCGAGUAGUGGUCUAUGUACACCAACCGUUCGUGUACACAUUCCUCUUUGACCCCGAGGCCCCUUCGCUGGUGGACCCCUCACUCUACCAAAGCAUUCAUCACCAGCUUACUCCCCUCCACAAGACGCUCGUCAACUCCACAUCACCGGCGAAUGCGGCCGCCCGGAUUUCCAUGUCGGAGGGUGCGUUCGACGUCAAUCGACGCUUCAUCACGAAGAACCAACCCGUCUACGACCUCGUCUAUGACCCCUCUAAUCUGACCGUCCGUACCUCAAUCCCCAACAUCCCCGACCUAGGCGCGCAUCCCCCUGAAACUCGCGAUCCGAACGCAGCGCCUUGGUCCCGAGUGGAAAGCCUAAACAUCCACCACCGACUCCUCAGCACGUAUGUCGAGACCCGAUCCCGAGCCCUGGAGGUAGAGAGAACGUGCAAGACCAGUCGCGGUUGGUGGAUUGUCUGGGUGCGGUUUCCCGGCUCAGGCAGCGGUAGCAGCGACGACGGCGACGCCGUCCAGGAGACGCCAAGUCCCGAUGGCAGCGAGGCCGCUUGUCAGGAAGCAUUCCUCAUCCGCAAAUCGAGCGACCACGUUCCCUCGGUCUCGCAUGGACGCAGCGGCAGCGGAUCCCGAUUCUUCAGGGAUCUAGGCGGAGCGACGUCGCCGGGACUUGCCUCGUCACGGGCAGACACCGGCCCCGGCAAGCUGGUGGAGGGACUAGGACUGGAUGCGAGACGAUACAUUGAGAAUUUACUGAGCCUGAAUAGAUGA